AUGCAUUCCGUUGCACUAAUUGCACUGUUGUAAAUGCAAAUUAAAUAGUAGCACACAAACAUAAGAAUUAAAAAAAAUAGCAACAAGUUUUUAAUUACGAUUUGAUACUAUUCUAACAAUUUCAAAUUGUCCUUUUCCACGUAAAUGUUUUACACACAUUUUAGAAACACCUCUUUUGAUACUUUUAUCGGUUUUUGUGGCAACCCGGAUAGAAAAUUGAAAUGGUACAUCACUACUUCAAUCAGUCGUUUUCCGAUUCUUCGGAGCGGGUGACGGAUGGACUGAGCAAAUUUUUAUUGUUUUCGUUUUCGCGAGCCGUCACAGGCAAAAUUACAAUUUAUAAACAAAUAAAGGGACUAUCGUGUUCGUGCUGUGAUUUAUUUUAAACUUUGUUCAUCGUGAAUUAACAGUGAUUAGAUAUGGAGGACAAGUUGAUGUUAGGCGAUGUAAAUAGCACCUUGAGAGAAAGGGUGUUUUUUGCAGCCAGGGACGGGAUGUCCUUAACUCUAUACGCGUUAUUAUACGAAAAAAACACAGACGAAAUAGAUGACCUAUUGAACAGCGAUGUCUGCUGCGACGGCGUCAAAUGCACACCCCUCAUCGCAUCAGCGCGACACGGGCGCGAAGGAGCCGUCCGGAUACUACUCGACAAGUUCCGGCCGCCAGUCCGGUUGGAAACCGAAGGCACUGUAAAGUUCGACGAGUAUGUCAUUGAAGGUGCCACAGCCCUCUGGUGCGCCGCGGGCGCCGGCCACCUCGGCAUCGUAAAACGCCUCGUCCGCGCCGGCGCCAACGUCAACCACGCCACCAAAACCCUCAGCACACCGCUCAGAGCCGCCUGUUUUGACGGAAGACUCGACAUAGUCAAGUAUCUAGUCAGGCAUGGAGCCGAUAUACAUAAGGCCAACAAGUACAAUAACACAUGCCUUAUGAUUGCAGCUUAUAAGGGACAUUUGGAUGUGGUCCAAUUCCUUCUAGAUAGUGGUGCUAGAGUAGAUGAGCGGGCACUCUGCGGCGCCACGGCGUUACAUUUCGCGGCAGAAUGCGGGCACGCUGCGGUUGUCUGCGCGCUUAUCGAGCACAACGCUAAAAUAUUGACAAAUGAAAAUGGUAUGACACCACUACAAUGCGCAGCGGAGCGCGCGCGGGCAUCCGUAGUGGAGCUGCUAGCGGGGAGGCCGGAGGUCACGCGGCCGCAGGCCAUCGAGGCCUUCGAGCUGCUGGGGGCCUCGUUCGCCAACGACAAGGAGUACUACUGUCUCAGGAUGGCGUACCAAUACCUACGCAAAGCGAUGGCGAUGAGAUAUGACACACGAUACGGAUUGUUGCUGAAAAAACCCGCGGAUCCCAUACCGGCGUAUGAUAAUUGGAAAGAGAGCACCACAUUACAGGAAGUGGAGCGCCUACACGGCAACGCCCACGGCCUACACAUGGAAGGUCUAGCCGUCCGCGAGCGGGUCCUAGGCCGACGCUGUCCGGACUUGCCCCACCCCAUCGUGUUCCGCGGCGCCGUCUUCGCGGACGAGGCGCGCUUUGACCGCUGUCUCGCACUAUGGCGACACGCGCUGCUACUGAGGCAGCAUAACUCGGUCUCAGUAGUAAAGGACUUGCUAAGAUUUGCUCAGGUGUUCUCGCAGAUGAUACACAUUGGAAUUGAAUUGCCAUUAGACAAGGUAUGCUACGUUCUAGAAGCUUGCGCGGAAGAACUCAGACGGGGCACCAAAAGGCUUGAAACACACCAACCGAACCACGACCCGGAAUCUUUGAUAAAUCUGUGUCGCGCGCACGUGUUGCAGGAGGAGUACGAGAGCAACGUGCGGACUGCACUGUACCUGGUUGCCGUCGCUGCUAGAUUGCUAGAAAAUGAUGAUAAUAAUGAGGAAACCACUAGCGAGGUAAGAAGAGCAAUCUUCAGGCUACGCGACGCGAGGCUGCGGUCCGGACAGACGCUCUUACACCUGGCCGCGGACAGACGGACGCCGGUCGAUGACUUCCAUACUAGCGAUGUGUGCCAGUUCCCCUGCCCGCGCACCACCCGGCUGCUGCUGGAGUGCGGCGUGGCGGUGGACGCGGCCGACGACGCGCGCCGCACCGCGCUGCACGUGGCGCUCAUCUCCUACCAGCUCAUACCAGACAGCCGGGCGCAGUGGGCGGCGUGGUGUUCGAGCUGCUGGCGCGCGGCGCGCACGCCGACGCCGUGGACCGCGACGGCGUCACGCCGCUCGUCGCCGCCAUCGGGGGUGAGGCUUCUUACUACGAGUACAUGUUCCGUGCUCGCAGACAGCCGGGCGCAGUGGGCGGCGUGGUGUUCGAGCUGCUGGCGCGCGGCGCGCACGCCGACGCCGUGGACCGCGACGGCGUCACGCCGCUCGUCGCCGCCAUCGGGGGUGAGGCUUCUUACUACGAGUACAUGUUCCGUGCUCGCAGACAGCCGGGCGCAGUGGGCGGCGUGGUGUUCGAGCUGCUGGCGCGCGGCGCGCACGCCGACGCCGUGGACCGCGACGGCGUCACGCCGCUCGUCGCCGCCAUCGGGGGUGAGGCUUCUUACUACGAGUACAUGUUCCGUGCUCGCAGACAGCCGGGCGCAGUGGGCGGCGUGGUGUUCGAGCUGCUGGCGCGCGGCGCGCACGCCGACGCCGUGGACCGCGACGGCGUCACGCCGCUCGUCGCCGCCAUCGGGGGUGAGGCUUCUUACUACGAGUACAUGUUCCGUGCUCGCAGACAGCCGGGCGCAGUGGGCGGCGUGGUGUUCGAGCUGCUGGCGCGCGGCGCGCACGCCGACGCCGUGGACCGCGACGGCGUCACGCCGCUCGUCGCCGCCAUCGGGGGUGAGGCUUCUUACUACGAGUACAUGUUCCGUGCUCGCAGACAGCCGGGCGCAGUGGGCGGCGUGGUGUUCGAGCUGCUGGCGCGCGGCGCGCACGCCGACGCCGUGGACCGCGACGGCGUCACGCCGCUCGUCGCCGCCAUCGGGGGUCCAGCCGAGACCGUGGUCCGCGCGGCGCUGUCCCCGCGCCUGUCCUGCCUGGCGGCCGCGGCGCUGGCGCGGCACCGGCGCCGCUACCCGCCCGCGCAGACCCCGCGCGUGCUGCACGCCUUCCUGCACAUGCACGGCGUGCAGCCCGCCAGGGAGUGCUGAGCACUGCGCACGUCACCGGUGCUUGUAUCCUCUCUGGAAGCACUUCCGGGCCGCGCUCGGCGGGACCGGCCGUGUUAUGUGCGACGACCCGAGUAGGGGUCUCUAUUGUUUCCCAUAAAGUUUUAAGCCAUAAUGUAUUGUUUGUCCGCAUUUUCGUUGGCCAUACUUUUGGUUUUUCUCAGAAACGCGUAUUUUUUCAGGGUUGCCAUAGAACAAACCUAACCUAACGUAUCUAUAGGAUAACUUAAGGAAAUCCCUGAAAAGUUAACGGUUUCAGAGUUAUGACUAAUGAUAAUAUGACUAUCAUUACAUUAUGACUUGCGAUAAUUAUGCGAAAGAAAGGGCUCCGGGAGUAGGCCUCUUAUAGCUUAUUUACACGGGUUUCAUUACAUUGCGGUAUUCGAUUGGUCAGCCGAAUUGGUUGUUACCUCAAUAGUCCGCAAUUUAACUAAAAUCGCUUUCCUUUGCCUAUGUCUGUACGCUCGCCAUCAGAUAUAUGCGAGCGGCCAAGGCGCUCACGAAUAUCUGAACACGCCUCUAUUGUCAUGGCGUUAGAGUGCGUGUUCAGAUAUUUGUGACCACCUCGGCCGCUCCGAUAUAUUUGAUAGCGACUGUAUGUAGAAAUAGCCUUAAGUACAGAUAGCAGUUUUAACAUGCGUUCACAAAAAAAAAAACACUACAACACUAGUCCAUCCAAAAUGAAUGUAUUUUAUAACGAAUUCGUGACCCAUUUUUAUUGUUAUAAUAAAAUUAAACACGCGUUGCACGCGAAUAGGUAGUGUGUGAGAACACUAGGGAGUAGUGUUCUCUGUCACGCUUACCCACGUCAGGUAGAUGUGAUAGAAAACACACUGUACUCUGUAUUUUAGGUAUUCAAAUAAAAGUAAACAAAUAAUUUGUACAUUUUCGGGUAGUUAUAACGUUUAUUGGUUAACAAACCAAAUACAAAACUGCCUGGAUCUGUCUCUGAACUGACUUUAACUAACAUUAUUUGAUCAUGUAAUGUUUUCAUCUACCCUCAACUGUUAACUGGCUUAAGGAGCCAUUUGAGGGUAGAUUUUAUUUACCUUAAGUAGAGUACACGUAUUCGCGUGCAAUGAGUGGUUGGUUCUACUAUAGUCUGUUAUGUUAAUUGUAUACCUUAAUUCACAAAGCAUAAGGUCUAAAGUAGAAAAUCGAAAGGAACAAGCACUCUUGAUAGUCCUCAAUUAAUUUAAGAAUAUCCCUAACUUUUACAAACUCGUAUCUUACUCUAAGACAUACGAAUCUGAUUCAUAAAUUCAUUAAAAAUAGUUAUGAAAUACGAGUUUUUAAAAGUUUAAAUAAUGCCUCUGAAGAGGUUUUUAAUGUUGCCAUUACAUGAAAGUAAACUAGUACUUUGUCAAUGAGAUGUAAAACUUGAUCGAAAAAUGUACAUAUAUCGAUAGGCGAUGGUGUCUUGUAAAUAUUAUGCUGGCACUCGAAAAACGACUUUAUUUCUAUGUUCCUUAAGUUGUAUAUUUAAGUUUUGAUUAUCACGAAAUCUUUACGAUGGAAUUGUUAAUAAUAGUUAAGAUUCUUUGGUUGUGUAGGUAUGUAAAGUCUAAGGAUGAUCUGUCCAAUUUCUUGGUCCAAUUUGCGUCUCACAUUUUGCUUAAUGAGAGAGUGAGACGCUAUGCACAUAAGUCUUAAUAAAUAAUAAGAUAUUGUCUCCGAGUUUGACAGCUAGGCGCCAUGCUUUGUGGUAACUAAAAAAUAAAACGUUAACUUUUGACAACCGGAGAAACCACAUAAUGCAAAGAGGUGGAUUGUGAAAGAAAACUUUGUAGCCACAGUAAAUUUACUGCCAUCUUUCGACACAUGAUUAAAAUUUUAGAACGCCAUUUGACUUUGAUCCUUAUUCUUUCACUGAUAUGUGUUAAAUAAUGGCAGUGUGUCGAUGGCAGUAAAUUUACUGCGGCUACAAAGUUUUCUUUCACAAUCCACCUCUAUUUCAAAUUUUCUUAAUUGUAAGGAGCCGUAGAGCGCUAUCUACUUCUGCCAAAUGGGUAUGGCCUAGGGCCCAUUUCUCGAACGGUAUUAGAUUAAUAUUAUUAGUCCAUAAACUGUCAAAUCGUAUAGGUUACCAUGGCAACGCUAUACUAAUAAUAUUAAAUACCGUUCCAGAAAUGGGCUCCUGGAUGCUAUCUUUGAGUCAAAUUUGAGACAAAGACAGGGAAACCUAUGUGGGCGCCAUCUAUGCAUACCUUUGACAGUUGUCAAUCCCAUUCAAAAGCGCGAAUUGAUCUUGAACUUUACACAUCUUAUACAAUCGAAUAAUCUUUGAUAAUAGCUUAUCUAAAUGUAAAUGCAAUCUAUGGACUUAUUAUUGUUUAAUUUUCCGACGCUAUUUCGCGUCAUGACUUAUAUUUUGUUGUCCGAUGUAAAGCAUUUAUCUCGGAAUUUGUGUAUUUUUACUAAAAAUAUAUAAUUAUAGAACACAGGGUUGUAUGUGUUCAAGCUUUAGAUGUGGCUCAAAAUAUUUAAUUUUACGAAUUGUAGGGGUCAAGUAAUACAUGUGAUAAUGUAGAUGUAAUGUAGGGUAGGGUAAGCUCCAGUGCGGUUAUCGGAGCAUUUUAUGAACUGUUGUAUAAUAAUAAACGGUGUUAAGUCAGUAACUUUGAACUUUCCCCGUUUUUGUACCAAAUUUUAAAAGUUAUUGGUGCAACAAGAGAGGAGUAGGUUUUCCUUGCGAAUGUUGAUUUUGAGUCCCGAGUAAGCGAAAGAUUCUAAGAAUCUUAGUUAGAAUCCUGAGCGUAGCGAGGGACUCAAAAACACGAGAUGUAAAAUACUUAAGAGUCCUUAUUCCUACAGACGAGCGUAUUUUGUAAAAUGCUUCCUUUUUCAUUCAAGAUUACGACGUAACUAUUAGUAUUUAUUCAAAAACUGAUAACGUACUUAAAUAAUCGUUUCCUAAACUAGGGGCUCCAACAGUUCAAAUUUUCAUUUUCUCUUUUAAACCUCUUUUUUAAUGAGGUUUUUUGGGAGUCUUUUCCAAAUUUUGCAGUGAGAUGUGGCGUUUCGGUUCUCAAUUUUGCUAUAAACAAGAAUCAUUUGGUACAUGAAUGACUACAAUUUGAUUCAACAUAUCUCGUACGAGGGGCUGGAAUGAUUAACAAUCGAAGAUUCAUUUGAAAAAACUGAUAAAAUACCUUCCGAGUUUUCUUCAUUUUUUUGGCGAAAACAGGGUUUUAUUAUAUUUUAUUUCCGCAAAUUGUAGGCAUAUUUUGCUUUAAAAAUAAUAUUAUAGCAAACUGUAACUUUAUGUUAACCUAUAAAAAAAAAAUCGUAACUAUGGGACCUACAUUGCCGUAAAUUUAUAUUUUUUUAAAACACGUAUAAAUCACGCAGCAGCGACGCCCCGCUCUCAGUCCGCGCGGAGCGCGCUUAGAGGAUGGACCUGUGCUCGAUUGUCAGGCAUUCGUUGCGAUCGUAAUCAGCUACGGAGUUCCGAGAAGUGCUAUAUACUGCGAUUAGAAAAUCUUAAUAAAAGUUCAUUUUUUACAGUAUGCCUAACAGACUCGCUUAUUGAUGGAUUUUCAGUGUUACUUUUUUUUUAAUACUAAGUCGGUGGCAAACAAGCAUACGGCCCGCAUAUGUACGCCUGCAACUCCAGAGGAGUUACAUGCGCGUUGCCGACCCUAACCCCCUCCCGCCCCUCGUUGAGCUCUGGCAACCUUACUCACCGGCAGGAACACAACACUAUGAGUAAGGUCUAGUGUUAUUUGGCUGCGAUUUUCUGAAAAACGCAUUUUCACUUGAAAUUACGUUAGGGUUUGCAUUAUUAUUUUUGACCCGGAUGAAGUCCAAGUUCUCAUGAUGGAGUCAGGUGUUGGUCACCAGAACUCCUAAUCUACUAAUUAUAAUCCCAUCGUGUUUGGGCUCAAAAGAUUUGCCCUGACGAACACCAUCGAUCUAGAUGAGGUCCAGGGUCUCAUGAUGGAGUCAGGAGUUGGUCACUAGAACUCCUAAUCUACUCAUUAUAAUUCCAUCGUGUUUGGGCUCAACAGAGUUGCCCUGAUGAGCACCUUCAAUCUAGAUGAGGUCCAGGGUCUCAUGAUGGAGUCAGGAGCUGGUCACCAGAACUCCUAAUCUACUCAUCAUAACUCCAUCGUGUUUGGGUUCAAUAGAGUUGCCCUGACGAGCACCAUCAAUCUAGAUGAGGUCCAGGGUCUCAUGAUGGAGUCAGGAGCUGGUCACCAGAACUCCUAAUCUACUCAUCAUAACUCCAUCGUGUUUGGGCUCAAUAGAUUUGCCCUGAUGAACACCAUCGAUCUAGAUGAGGCCCAGGGUCUCAUGAUGGAGUCAGGAGUUGGUCACCAGAACUCCUAAACUACUCAUCAUAACCUCAUCGUGUUCGGGCUCAAUAGAUUUGCCCUGACGAGCAUCAUCAAUCUAGAUAAAGUCCAGGGUCUCAUGAUGGAGUCAGGAGUUGGUCACUAGAACUCCUAAUCUACUCAUUAUAAUUCCAACGUGUUUGGGCUCAAAAGAUUUGCCCUGAUGAGCACCAUCGAUCUAGAUGAGGUCCAGGGUCUCAUGAUGGAGUCAGGAGUUGGUCACCAGAACUCCUACUCUACUCAUCAUAACUCCAUCGUGUUUGGGCUCAAUAGAGUUGCCCUGACGAGUACCUUCAAUCUAGAUGAGGUCCAGGGUCUCAUGAUGGAGUCAGGAGCUGGUCACCAGAACUCCUAAUCUACUCAUCAUAACUCCAUCGUGUUUGGGUUCAAUAGAUUUGCCCUGAUGAACACCAUCGAUCUAGAUGAGGCCCAGGGUCUCAUGAUGGAGUCAGGAGUUGGUCACCAGAACUCCUAAUCUACUCAUCAUAACCUCAUCGUGUUCGGGCUCAAUAGAUUUGCCCUGACGAGCAUCAUCAAUCUAGAUAAAGUCCAGGGUCUCAUGAUGGAGUCAGGAGUUGGUCACUAGAACUCCUAAUCUACUCAUUAUAAUUCCAACGUGUUUGGGCUCAAAAGAUUUGCCCUGACGAGCACCAUCGAUCUAGAUGAGGUCCAGGGUCUCAUGAUGGAGUCAGGAGUUGGUCACCAGAACUCCUAAUCUACUCAUCAUAACUCCAUCGUGUAUGGGCUCAAUAGAGUUGCCCUGACGAGCACCAUCAAUCUAGAUCAGGUCCAGGGUCUCAUGAUGGACUCAGGAGUUGAUCACCAGAACUCCUAGUCUAUUCAUCAUAACUCCAUCGUGUUUGGGCUCAAAAGAUUUGCCCUGACGAGUACCAUCGAUCUAGAUUAAGUCGAGGGUCUCAUGAUGGACUCAGUAGUUGGUCACCAGAACUCCUAAUCUAUUCAUCAUAAUGGUAAUUUGAUGGUGCUUGUCGGAGUAAAUCUAUUGAGCCCAAACACGAUCGAGUUAUGAUAAAUAGAUUACGAGUUCUGGUGACCAACUCCUGACUCCAUCAUGAGACCCUGGACUUCAUCUAGAUCGAUGGUACUCGUCAGGGCAAAUCUUUUGAGCCCAAACACGAUGGAAUUAUAAUGAGUAGAUUAGGAGUUCUAGUGACCAACUCCUGACUCCAUCAUGAGACCCUGAACAUCAUCUAGAUUGAUGGUGCUCGUGAGGGCAAAUCUAUUGAGCCCAAACACGAUGGAGUUAUGAUGAGUAGAUUAGGAAUUAUGGUGACCAACUCCUGACUCCAUCAUGAGACCCUGGACUUCAUCUAGAUCGAUGGUACUCGUCAGGGCAAAUCUUUUGAGCCCAAACACGAUGGAAUUAUAAUGAGUAGAUUAGGAGUUCUGGUGACCAACUCCUGACUCCAUCAUGAGACCCUGGACUUCAUUUAGAUCGAUGGUACUCGUCAGGGCAAAUCUAUUGAGCUCGAAUACGAUGGAAUUAUAAUGAGUAGAUUAGGAGUUCUAGUGACCUACUCCUGACUCCAUCAUGAGACCCUGGACUUCAUCUAGAUUGAUGGUGCUCAUCAGGGUAAAUCUAUUGAGCCCAAACUCGAUGGAGUUAUGAUGAGUAGAUUAGGAGUUCUGGGGAGUUCUGGUGACCAACUCCUGACUCCGUCAUGAGACCCUGGACCUCAUCUAGAUCGAUGGUGUUCGUCAGGGCAAAUCUUUUGAGCCCAAGCACGAUCGAAUUAUAAUGAGUAGAUUAGGAGUUCUGGUGACCAACUCCUGACUCCAUCAUAAGAACCUGGAUGGACUUCAUUCGGGUCAAAAAUAAUAAUACAAACCCUAACGUGAUUUCAAAUAACACUGAAACUCUAUAGCACUAAUGUGCGCAAACGAUUGGCAUCUUGACUACGCAGCAUGGGUGCGUAGCCACCAUGCCAAUCGAUACGACAACGAAACACUAUCUGUCUCUCUCUCGUACUAAUAUGCACAAACGAUUGGCAUCUUGGCUGGGCAGCAUGGGUGCGUAGCCAACAUGCCAAACGUUUACGAUACGACAAGGAAACACUAUCUGUCUCUCUAUCGCACUAAUAUGCGCAAUAGAUUGGUAUUUUGGCUAGGCACUAAGCAAGUGUGUGGCCAACAUGCCAAUCGUUUACGAUACGACAACGAAACACUAUCUGUCUCUCUAUCGCACUAAUAUACUUUAUUUAUACCUGCAGUAAUUUAGUAACUUCUUCAUUUUCCAUUGGUGUGAAAGAGACAGAAUAAAGAGCAAGGGUUAUAGUACACUCUGUAGUCUGUACACUUAGUAGUAGUGUACAUAAAAAAAAAACUACUGUGCAUAUACAAUAAAAUAAAGAGUGCCCAUAUGAUAUCAUAUGACAAUAAAAUUAAUGUUGCUUGAAAUUAUAUUGAAAACUAUCAAGAUUAUUCUAGUCUGCAUUGAAACGCGCGUCGCGUUGCCAGCGCUCGCGUACCGAGCGCCAACGCCAUCUAUCGAGCGUUAUUUCGUGAAAUCGGAGAACGCUCCAAGGAUUAAGGGCUCUUAACUUUGCUCUCGUGUGACACAUACAACUUUUCACCUUAGUAGUGAGAACAUAUAAAAGGUUAAAAAGUUCAACAUCAAGUACAGUUAACCACAUUUAUUUACAUUCAUGAAUGAAAGGCAUCAUCAUUAUGACGAAAGCUUUUUGAAAUAUUCUUGUAUUCAUGACCUUCUCUAAAUUAAAAAGCUACUUUGUCUAGUGAGACGGGGAGUGCCCUGGAGUGACGAAAGUCGCACGUUCCUCACUCCCUGGAGUGGCGAAAGUCGCACUUUCCUCACUCCAUGGAGUGACGUAAGUAGGCUUGUUCGAGCUGCUGAGGUGAAAAGGUUUUGGUUAGGGUGACUGCUAUAGUUAUUGGCACUCCAUAGUAAUUGGCCACUCUUAAGAGGGAAGAAUAGCUUUGCGAUCCUAGCGAAAUAACGGUACUUUUUCUAUGAAAUUCCUUUUCGGGAGAAAACGUUUUCCACUAAGUAAAUCUUAACAAAUCACUUUGAUUUUGAUGACGAUCGCUUCAGCAUAAUAUAUUCUAGGUUUAUAGGUUUCGCUUUAAAAAAAUGUUGUUUUGUUUCGCAAAUAAAAUAAAAAAAAAACCUAUAAACCCAGCCCUUCAUUAUUCAUGAAGAAUGCAAAAUAUUUAGAAGUAGAAAAACGUAUUCUCUUUUUGUAUGGACGAUCACACAAAACCGAACUUCCUCUUCUAAUGUAUGGCACUAUCCCUUUCGGCUAUUUAGGGUUGUCAAAAUUCAAGUCAUAAUCUUAUCUGUAGUUGCGCACGCAAAGGAACAUCUAGUUUUGCCAAUAAUUGCUCGUAGCAAUGCUGAGCCGAACAGAGCCGAGAACGCCCGAACGCUGCAGUUUCCCCCACUGACUAGACUGAAAGUCUAUAUACACUUAACCGAAUAUACGGAGUUUAAAAUAAUAACUAUAAAAUAGUCAUAAUAGUUGCUGGCUCUAACUACGUAAAUUUUUGUGAAAACUUGUUCAAGAAAUGCUCCUAAAACGUAUUCAGAUUCGCAAAUAUAAUCCCAAUCUGAUUAAUUCCCAGAUUGGUGUAAUAUUGUACAUAUCUGUAUACGCUUCUUACCAAAUUGAACGAGAUGAGUUUCAGUUUUGACUUAGCUCAAGCGUGGGUCUUUGAGACCCCAUAUAUUAUGGUCACAUUGAAUAGCCCUACCUUUUACAACUCUCAAUAUUCUUAGUAUAAUCAAAGAAAAUUUGAAAUAGAGGUGGAUUGUCGAAAAAAACUUAGUAGCCACAGUAAAUUUACUGCCAUCUUUCGACAUACGAUUAAAGCUUUUAUAACGCCAGAACGCCAUUUGACUUUGAUCCUUAUUCUUUCACUGAUAUGUGUUAAGUUUGUUAAAUAUUAAAAAAGUGGCGCCAUCUAAUAGAUCAAUGACUAAAGGUAUGGCAGCAUCGUUUCGAGCGAUGGCGCCACAACCUUUAGCCGAUUCCCGGUUAGACGGCGCCACUUUUUGAUAUUUAAUAAAUUUAACACAUAUCAGUGAAAGAAUAAGGAUCAAAGUCAAAUGGCGUUAUAAAAGCUUUAAUCAUGUGUCGAAAGAUGGCAGUAAAUUUACUGUGGCUACUAAGUUUUCUUUGACAACCCACCUCUAUUUCAAUUUUUUUUGGUACGAUAGAUGUGUUAGAAUAGUCUAGCAUUGACAUUUGAUUCAUUAUAAAUAAAAAUAAUUGACACAAUAGUAUUGGAUUGCCUCAUAGCUUGGUCACUUAAAUAUUUGUUUAUAACAGUACUGAAAAUAAGGACAUUGGCUCGCCUGUUCCUAUCUCUAUCAUACGUGCAUAAUUAUAUUGCCGUCUCACUCUCCCAGUGGCAUUGACCGCCGGCAUCAUUGGUAGGACAGCAAUAUAAUUAUAAACCUUAUGUCUAUGUUAUAAGGUUGCGAAUUGCUAACUAAAAGUGAUAUAACAGUGGAUAAAAAAAAUCUUGAAAGAAGUUUACAUACAUUGCUAGAAUUUUUGUAAAUUCGUACAAGUCUUACAGUAGUUUUGUUCUGGGGUUAAAAACCGUCAAUUGCUCACUAAAGAGGGCGCUGUUUUCAACUGUGCCACUACAAUGCCAUCUAUUGAGCAUUGUGUUGGUUUAAAAUCUUUUUACGGCCCGGCCACGAGAUCGCGCGGGGGCGGCUGCGUGCUGUUUCAGGUUGGAGUGAGACACAGUGAUCCGACCUUUCGUUCCCACCUAUGCGCGAUGCCGGCGCCUGAAGGCAAAAUUACUGUUUAAAAAAUAUGACAUUACUUAAAUAAACACGACCAAAUGAGGCGGCCGAAAGUAUAUUGUAAAUAAAAUUCAGUGGAGUAUAGUUUUAAUGGUAGCUUGUUAUUAUAUUAUAUAGAAACGAACGCACAGAAGCGACUAUAGUAUGUAUAGAUUCAUGUCAUAUCAUCAAUUAAAACAUAUUUUUAAAUGCUUAAUAUAGUAAAGGCCUUACCUAAAAAUUAUUGUCCCAAUGAAAUAACUUAGAACAUAUGCGAAUUAUAUCACAUAAAAUUAUUAGAGUCAAUUGUACAUUGAUUUUGAAAUGUAUUUUCAGAUUUUUCACAGAAUUUGUUAUUUCAGAUAAUUUUUAUUAGGUGGGUCCACACAGAGCAAGCAUACACGGCGCGCUCAGGCAAGGAAACGCGCGCGCCGCUUCGGACGAGGCACGUCUACACUGGCUGUUUUCUGUGCGAGGAAAUUGCCUCGCGCGUAUGCUCGCUCUGUGUGGACCCGCCUAUUAAGAUUUAAUCAACGACCUUUGAUAGAUUUCUAGUCAAAACUUUAGUUUUAUUAAAAUUUUCUCUGUAAAUAAAUACUAAAAUAUUUUGUUAAUAUAUGCAAAAAUAUGUCACUUAUUUAACUGACGAGAAUUAUUUUUGUAUAGCAUUCACUAUUUUUAUAACACCAACACAAUAUCGUACGUACUUAUUAGAAUGGAGGUACCUGUUUGUCUAAUAAAUAAAUAAAUAUUACAAAUUAUUGUAUUCUAUACAAUUCUCACAUAUUUUUGCAUUACCUAUUCUAAGGUUAUUUUGAUCAGAUUAGUAACAUUAAGGAUUGUGUCAAAAGUGUUGCAAUUUUAAUCUUAAAAUAAGAGAGCAAAUACCGCACAAAUCCUUUUGUAACGCCGCUGCUAAAUUCGCUUGUGAAAAAAGAACUCAUUGUAUUUUGUGGGUUAUUCCCGUUAUUACUCUUUUCGGCAAUGGUUAACUGCAUAUUACUUUUUUUUUUGAUAAAAAAUAUAAGUUUAUUGCACACAUAACAGUAUACAGAAUUGGCGUGACAUCGGGUGGGUGCAUAGCAUAGUUACAUAAAAGGAGUUUCCAAGGGUCCCCGCACUAGGCUAGGCCUGUACCGCGGGAGACCAAGUAUGCAUUUGUAUGUCAUGUGUGACCUAAACAUACAUUAUUUUGUUAGUCAACUAAAUAAAACUACGUUACAUUAAUGUUUUACAGAAACUACUUUCAUAAUGGACACAGGUAUAGAUAGGGUUAACCUUAAACUACCCUUACAUUUACUAAAAAAAAACAAGCUGCGUUAAGAAAUACCUUCUCCAGCAUUAGGUGCUUUUUUUUUUCUCGCAGGGGUAAAUGCAUUUACGCAUCUCACCCCCUGGCUGGGGAGGCCAACUUGGGGGGUGGUAUGUGGGACUCGCUCCUCCCGGUACUCCCUCUGUUAAACAGAAGGAGGGGAAGAGAAUACCCACUAACAUCCCCUGCGGCGUUGCCCGCUCUACCGUUAUUGGGGGACGCCACGGGGUCGCGAGACCAUUCUACCGUGCCGUCCCCCCGGCUGCCCUAGUUAAUAUAACGGGGACACCCGCGAGCAUUAGGUGGUCCGCCAGGUGACCCUGGUAUAGCAUAACACAGUCAACUCACAUACCUUGCCAUCCGAAACUCACUUCGUGUUCUUUUCUUACUCUCGCUGAGCGUUAUGUGCGUGCGGUACUGUUGAUAUCAUGUUUUUGAAUUUUAAUAUGUUUUAACAAAAAGAAAAGUAAUCGAUGAGUUUUCUCAAAAAUCAAAUUGUGCAGUUUUAGAAGCAAUUUCCAUAUUUUUAUCGUUUAGGCAUAAAUUGUUACAAAAAUUUUAAGUGUGUUUUAGACCUAUGUUCGUGAUUUUUUUUUCUAUCAAGCGAAAGUAAUUAGAUCAGGGUUAGAGUCGAUCAAGUCACUAGAGAAAAUUUUCAAGAUAGCUUUUUAAAAAAGCUGUACGAAUUUUUAAGACCUCCCCUCUCUGAACCUCAUAUUCAUCUUGCGUCCCGGGACUACAAGGCAAAACCCUCUUUGUAGCCCUCAUAAAAAAGGUUGAGGAUGGCUGUUCUACUCGUACUACUUCGUAUUUUCCUAAUUUAUUUUGUGCAAGAGAUGAUGACAAUCGGUCAGAAAAUGCGCCACGAAAGACAGUAGCAUCAGUCAACACUUAUUAUUAUUAUUUUAAACUUCAUUGCACAUCAAAAAAGGUACAAAUGGCGGAUUUAAUGCCUCAUGGCAUGCUCUACCAGUCAACCAUAGGACCAAACAGAAAAAUUUCAAAGUGGGUGCAGUGAGAAGCGUUUAGAAACAAUCAAGUGAUACAGAACACUGGUAGUAAUGGGAAUAACCCUCCGUUUUCACCUUAACAUUCUCAUUGCUAAUUAAAUCUCAGAAAUGCCAAAUUAGAAUAAAACUUUUGACAUAGCUUUACAAAUGUUAAAAAGUACACUCUUUUGAAUAAUGCAAAUUUGUGUUCAUUAUUUUACUAAUCGUGGUUAAAAAAAUAGAAACUAACCGUACUUCGCAUUCGUUUAACCUUUGGACUUGUAUAAUAGGAAAUCAUACUGUCAAAAAUAAUCCGAACUUGCUAUAUCUAUAUGUCGGCGGCCGAUUAUAAAAUCAGGCAGAUCGUAAUGUUCCUGUGUAAUGUUUUGACGGUAGUCACAUUAAACCAAUAAAUAAGUAGGAUAGGUUCGUUAGCUUGCUUCAGAUGCCCGAAUGGGAAUGAGACCCUAUGAGAAUGAUUAUCACAAUUCACGAUAUGCCUAGGAAUUUCAUGAUCUGCCUGAUUUUACAAUCGGCCGCCGACAUAUAGAUAAAUGCAUACUAAGACCUGAUGUACAGUCAGCUGCAGGGUGAUGACCUCCCCCCCAUCCCUGCAUAGACGCUGCAGCUGAUUAUAGAUGGCGCGGAUGUGGAUUGUCAAAGAAAACUUUGUAGCCACAGUAAAUUUACUGCCAUCUUUCGACAAAUGAUCAAAAAUUUUAGAACGCCAUUUGACUUUGAUCCUCAUUCUUUCACUGAUAUGUGUUAAAUAUAAAAAAGUGGCGCCAUCAUACCGGGCAUCGGCUAAAGGUUCUGCUGCCAUCGCUCGAAACGAUGCCGCCACACCGUUACCUUUGAUCUAUUAGUUGGCGCCACUUUUUAAUAUUUAACAAAUUUAACACAUAUCAAUGAAAAAACAAGGAUCAGUCUUUAUCAUGCAAUUGAGGCGUUCUAAAAGUUUUUAUCAUGUGUCUAAAGAUGACAGUAAAUUUACUGUGGCUACAAAGUUUUUUUUGACAAUCCACCUCUAUUUCAAAUUCUCUUUGGUCUUGAGUCACACACACCUAGCCGCCGCCAUACAAUCCAUUCUGAAAUAACAUGAAAUUUGAUAUGGACAUUCAUUAUCUAUGGCUGGUACAAUAGAGUAGUGGCAGUAUGUAAAACCUUUUCUCGCUCUAUUUUCUUCUAUUACGAUUUUAAGCAACGGAAACUUACCAGACAGAUAUAUGCUAAGUAUCACGAAAUAUAAGAUUUUAAAAUUAGAGCGUAACUUCGAUUGUACCGUCGGCAUCACAUGUAUGGGAGCGGUCGAGGUGCUUCAAAAUAUCUGAAUACGCACUCUAACGCUUCGACAAUAGAGGCGUGUUCGGAUAUUUGUGAGCACCUUGACCGCUCCGAUAUAUCUGAUGGCGAUUUUUUGCAGGCGGGUUUGUGUGAUUCUUAAACCUUCAAUACUUUGCACAAAUAUACGGAAAAAACAGUAUGGUUACCUAGAAACCCACAUUUUUUCCAAAUGAUAUACGCAUAGCAUACUUGAUUGUCAGCGAAGCUGUUAUCGUACAGUCACGAAUUAAGAGGAAAGGGGACGGCCCGUUUCUCCUUACAAACGUAGUCCCCAUUUUCCUCUCUGGAUAUUGACAUUAUGGAAAUUAUUUUUACAUAAUUUGUUGUAUAUUAACCAUAGCUAUGCCUCUACGUUUGACUUUUUUCGUGUUUUUGAUUAUUGAAUAAAAUAGGAUCGCAAAACAGAAUUCAUACAAAUUUUUAAAUGUUCCUAACUCUUAUAAUAAUUAUAAGAGGCAUAGCUGUGGUUGAUAUACAACAAAUUGUGUCAAAAUAUUUUCAAUAAUGUUAAAAUGAGGACUACGUUUGAAUGAAAAGGUGAUUUUGCGUCUUAAAGACCGUGACGUCCAUGUACAUGGUAGGAUAUCUAGAGAGACUAGGUAAUUACUUUUAGACAGUGUUGGAACUGUAUAAUGAUUGUAUAUAAGAUUAUUUAUCUGUGCAGAUAGACGGAAUAUUUUGUCAAAUGUGCGACAAAUAAAAUGUUCGAUCGAAA